AUGAACACGCUCGACGUGAUCGACAUGGAGCGCCUUGCACGGCAGCUUCAGCAAGUACGGCUACAGCACGCCAGAAUACCGCCAGCGACUAGCUUCUACGAUCUGCCCGCCGAGAUCAGGCUGGUCAUUUAUGAACUCGCCUAUCGAGGCACUGAACUCCAGGUGCACCGAGAAGGCUGGAAGCAUAAACGCCCCUCUCCAAAUGUACCAAUUCGCGGCGCACUUGUGCACCCAGGAGGCUGGAAGUACAGACGCCCCUUCCCAAAUGUACCAAUUCGAGGCGAACUUGAGACAUACAGACGCCUACUCGUCGACAAGCAGUACUACAGCGAAGCAAUUGUGCCGUUCUACAGAACAGCAGUCUGGCACUUCUCCGACCUGAAAAACCUCGAGACGUUCGUAUCCUCAGCACCAAGCAUUAUUCGGGAAAAUGUCCAGUCCGUCAACAUGUUUGAUGACUCUGACUCGUCCAAUCAAAUAUGGACCGCCAGAGUUCGCAAAGACGACCUGCCACGCUUGGAGAACCUCACGAUCCACUGGGAAUUCCUUCCGUUUUGGCGAUCCUGGAUGAAUCGUCCCGAUGUAGGGAAUUUACACCGAGUGUUCGAGGGCGAUGACGGUAUAACGAAUCUGCUCGCCUUGAGAGGCUUGAGAACUUUCCAGUUGAAAGAUACGGAGAUUCACACGUGGUUCCACGAUCUCAUGGGAGGCAUGUCUGACGACGAGCGGAGGGCGGUUUUCAGGGACCUUGAAGCCACGAUUGCCAGGGUAGUGUGCCAGCGAGAAGAGGUGGAUCAAGCAGAGCAAGCCAGUACAGUCUCCAUGCUAGGUGAUCGGAAGUAUGCCAGGCGGAAGUAA